GGCGAUGUUUUGUCUGUCUCCUUUGCAAGCGCUGCCUCAGUGGCUCCUGCAAUCUGGAUUUGCAAACGCCUCUACUUACUUAGGACAGACGGAACUGGGCAGAAGAACAAGGGAAUCCUUCUGAUCUCUUGGAGGCUUCCUGAGAGCCCAGAUGCAUGAGCAAGACUCAGCUGGCCCUGAAGAAGGAAGAGGCCAUGCCAUCAACACUGGGAGCAGUGGUGGAAUCUGGGAAAGCUCCAUGCAGAAGAUUCUGGGUGAGGAGGAUACCCUCGGCUCAGAUAUGCAGAGAAAAAAGUUCAGGGAGAUGUGCUACCAGGAGGCGAAAGGACCCCGAGAGGUUUGCAGCCGACUCUAUGACAUUGACUGUCAUUGGCUGAAGCCAGAAAGGCACACAAAAGCUGAGAUGCUGGACCUGGUGAUCUUGGAGCAGUUCCUGGCUGUCCUUCCCCUGGAGAUGGAGAGCUGGGUGCGGGAAUGUGGAGCAGAGACCAGUUCCCAGGCGGUGGCCCUGGCCGAAGGUUUCCUCCUGAGUCAGGCAGAGGAGAGGAAGCAGGCAGAGCAGCAGGAAACGAUUAUCUUUGCAGAAAUGGGCCUGGAUUCCUCUGAGGCAGAGAGGACUGCGUUGGACACCGAAGAGAGGCCAAUGGGUGACAGAAUGAUGCCAGGAAGACCUUUUCAUCCAUCUUUGCAUGGAGGCAGAGGAGAAGCAGCAUCUAUGGAACCAGAUCAGGUAGGGAGAAGGAGCAUUGCAGUCAAAGAGGCUGUGAGAAGGGGCAACCAGGCAGAAAACAACAGAGAAAUGUGUAGUAGAUAA